AUGGCUCAUGAAGAAAGAAAACAUAAACAGCAGGGGAAAAAGAAAAGCAACAUCAAAGAUAAAGUAAAGCUCAUGAAAAAACAAACCAAGAAGAAAAUCACAGUGUACAGCAGCUCUGAUGAGAGUAAUGUUCCCAUCCCACUUGACGACAUUUCUGAGUAUGAGAGCUCAAAGGAUGAUAGUAGUUUGUUGUCCUCAAAUAACAUUAUAGUCCCAUCUCUUCUUAUUAAUGAAUUUGCAGCAUACAUUUUAUCAGUGAUUGCGAACGCCAUGUCCACCUUUCACUCCAAAACCUGUAUCCACUUUGUGGCCAGAUCAACUCAAGCCGACUACAUCAGUAUUGAGAACAAAGAUGGGUGCUUCUCUUCUCUUGGCAGAACUGGUGGCAAGCAUUCUCUCCUGAUAUGGCCUACAACUUCCAGAAAACAAAACACCAACAACCAAAACACUCCAUAUGACUACGGCUCCAUCAUGCAUUAUGAAAGAACAGCCUUCUCCAUCCAGCCCGGGCUGGAAACCAUCACUCCCAUUCCUGAUAGAAGAGUGGAAAUUGGACAGAGGCAGGGACUGUCCAACACCGAUAUCCUGAGGAUCAACAAGCUGUAUGGAUGCUGAAGACAAGGCUUAUAUAUAUAUAUAUAUAUAUAUAUAUAUAUA